GUUAACACACUUUGUAAACCGAGAGAAGGAAAUGGAGACGGAUGAAUGUAUGCGUCUUUGUUAGGGACUUUGUUUGGCUUGCCUCCGAAUUAGUGACAAAGUGUAGUAGUCAAAGUGAAUACCGAGUAAACAGCCUUAAAACGCUUCGGCCAGCGGUGAUUUAGUCACUAUUCAUGCGUCACGUGAGGAUUCUUAUCAGGCGGCUAACAAUAGUCAUCUGGACUCCUCAAAAAGCAGUUACAGAGUUCAUUGUGACCGUUCUACAGUAAAUAUGGGCGAGAUGGAUGGGACCACGGUGUCAUACCUUAAGAUCCUCACUUACCACAGGGAGCUGCUGGUGUCCCGGUUAAGGAGUGUUCAAUGCAUCCUGGACAACCUGUUGGCCUGCAGCUUUGUCUGUGAAGAAGAUGUUGAGAUCGUACUGCGAUCUGCCACCAGGACGGAUCAGGUCCGUAAAAUCUUGGAGCUAGUUCAAUGCAAAGGGGAGGAGGCCUGUGAGUACCUUAUUUACGUCAUAUAUAAAGUAUGUGACGCAUACAUAGACCUCCAGCCAUGGUUGAAAGAGAUCGACUACGCCCCGAGCAGUGAUGCAACGGCGCUGUCUGUGGUUAACACCGACCCCAUCAGCAGGUAUAGUGAGAAGUUGAGGCAUGAGAUGAGCCGCGACACCUGCUUCAUCAUGUCAUACGGCCAGCGAGAGGAGACCCGUCUGGAGGACCUGUACACUGACACUCAGAUGGACCUGCUGAACGACAGCAAUCAAAGUUUGGGUUUCUUGGCGAGUCUGGACCAGCUCUUAGGAGACCAUGCGGUUUUCAAUCCCCAAGGUGAAGUCAUCUAUGUGAUGGGGGAUGCCGGUGUGGGAAAAUCCAUCCUACUGCAGAGGCUCCAGAACCUCUGGUCAAAGAAAGACCUGCAGACGGACGCCAUCUUCUUCUUCAAGUUCCGCUGCAGGAUGUUCAGCAUCUUCAAGGACACGGAUCAGAUCUCCCUCAGAGACCUUUUGUUUAAACACAACUGCUUCCCAGAUCACGAUCCAGAUAAUGAUGUGUUUGACUACAUCCUUCGCUUCCCGGAGAAGGUUCUUUUCACAUUUGAUGGCUAUGACGAGAUUCAGAUGAAUGACCUGAUGAAUGCUCCUGAAGUGGUCUCGCCAGACGUCAAGGCGCAUCCCGUCCAGCUGCUCGACAGCUUGCUCUCCGGGAAACUGCUCGCCGGCUCGCAGAAGGUGCUGACGGCCCGCACGGGAACCGAGAUCCAGAGUAGGGUGAUCAGAAAGAAGGUGGUUCUGCGGGGGUUCUCCCCGGCUCAUCUGAAGACCUACAUCAGUAUUCACUUCAAAGAGCAAGAGCACCGAGACCAGGUGUCCGUUCAGCUGGAUGCCAGCCCCCACCUCUGUGGCCUCUGCUCCACUCCGCUGUUCUGCUGGAUUGUACUGAAGAGCUUUAGGCACCUGCAUACCAUGCACGACAGCUUUGAUCUGCCUGAAACCUGCAUCACGCUCACGGACAUCUUCCUCCUGCUGUGUGAAGUGUGCCUCAGCCGCUCGGGCUCACCCGCGCCGUCUCUGCUGAAGAAAAGCCCCCGGUGCGUCUCGGAGACCUUCGUAGCCGGGCUCAGGCCUUUCGCAGCCUUUGCCAAAUUGGCACUUCAGGGUAUGGAGAGAAGUAGCUUCGUUUACAGCCAAGAGGAGCUCACGGAGUGUGGCCUGACAGAGGAAGACCUGACUCUGGGCUUUCUCAGACCUGUCAGCAGGUGUGAUGCCAGUAGGGGCCCAGAGACAUUCGAAAUCCUCCAUAUCGUCCUCCAUUCUUUCCUGGCGGCGUUUGCUUUAGUUUUAGAUGAGCAGGCUGCUGCCGGCUCCGUCCUCAAGUUCUUCACAGAGUGCAGCAGGAAAAGAGAACCGCGCUGUCUGCCAUUUGACUUCUGCCUCUGUGGCUCCUCAAAGUCCAAUGAGAAGGCUCCAUUUGAAACCAACGAACACCUCCAGUUCACUAAUCUCUUCCUGUGUGGACUACUGUCCAAGGCUCACGCCGGCCUGAUCGAGCACUUGGUGUCUCCUGUGUUAUUGAGGAAAAAACGGGCGCUGCUGAAAUCCUACCUUUCCAAGAGUGUGAAGUCCCACCUCAGUGGCUUACCCCAUUACGACAGUGGGGAGGGCAAGAAGGUCCAUGUUUUGCCCAACUUCCUGUGGAUGCUGAGGUGCAUCUUUGAGACAGGCAGCCGAGGCAUCGCUCAGAUGACAGCGAAAGGCAUCACCGCCGACUUCAUCAAGUUGGGAUACUGCAAUGUGUUCUCGGGCGACUGCACCGCCCUGAACUUUGUGCUGCAGCACCGUCGGAGGCUCCUGGGGCUUGACAUGGACAACAACAACAUCAGUGACUAUGGGGUGAAGCAACUCCAGCCCUCGUUCUGUAAGAUGACCAUAGUGAGGUUGUGCGUCAAUCACCUGUCUGACAGCAGCAUCGAGGUCCUUGCUGAGGAGCUGUGUAAGCACAAAGUCGUGGAGGUCUUGGGGCUUUACAACAAUUACAUCACAGAUGUUGGAGCUAAGCUAGUUGCUCAGAUAAUUGAGGAAUGCCCAAAACUGCGAGUUGUCAAGAUUGGGAAAAACAAGAUCACUAGUGUUGGUGGGAGAUAUUUGGCCAGUGCAAUUCAGAGGAGCACUUCAAUAUUUGAUGUUGGAAUGUGGGGGAACAGCAUCGGUGAUGAGGGAGCCCAAGCAUUUGCAGAAGCUCUGAGGAACCACCCGAGACUUACCAACCUCAGUCUCUCAGCCAAUGGCAUCACAUCUAAAGGUGGGAAGUGUCUGGCAGAUGCGCUGAAAGAGAACAGCGUCCUCAGGAUAUUCUGGUUAGUGCAGAACGAGUUGACUGACGAUGCAGCUCCACACUUGGCUGAGUUGGUCCAAGCGAACACAGGAUUAAGCCACCUCUGGUUAAUCAACAACCACUUCACUGUGGAUGGGAUUAAAAUUCUUGCUGCGAAACUCAAACUCAACACAGCACUCAAAGAGAUAUGUGUGAAGGCAAACAGACUCUCUGAGGAGGAAGAGAAACAGUUUGUGGAAGAUAAAAGGCUGCGGUUCCACUGACUGUCGCUCCUGUGAGACCAAACCUCCUGAAUGAUGUCAGUGUGAAAAGCGACACAGUAUGUAGGCUGUACCCUUUCACUACAAUAGAAAUAAACCAAUAGCUUCCUUCUCUGUACAUGCAUGCACAUGACAUUAUUUGACUCUAACACAAGGUGCGAUGUGUUUCCCUCAUAGCUAAUAGAAUGUGUCGAGUGUGGUGGAAAUUUGUGAAUUGAAGCCUUGUGAGAAAUCAAAAGUAUCUUGAACUUGCUUUAUGAUUAAGUAUUUAUUACUAACUAGAAUAUAGAAAAAUGAUAAAGAAUACAGAAAUCAUCAACACAAGCCGUAAGUACAGACAGAAGUCAAAUGACUACAAUUCAGCUGAAAAGGGAAAGAUUGUUCCUUCUCCCGCAGAGGAGCAGGAAGAUCUGACACAAGGGAGAGGGGGGACAUCUGUUUUAUGCCCUUCAAGUGGGACCCCUCUUACUGGCGCCAAGUCAAUCACCAACACAAAACAGGAUAUAGAUCAGCCAAGGCAUCCGUUGGCCCCUCUGUUUAGACAGGAGGCUAUUGUAAACUCGGACAGGUCACAGGUUUCCCAAGAAAGGUCACCCCAGCCUUGAGAAACUUACCAUAUGCCGUUCACCAAAUUCCCCCCAACAUCCAGGUGUACUUUAGUGCCAGGAGGCUGAAUAAUGUUUACUGCCUGUAAAGAGAUGUACAAACACCCUUUGUGGAUGCUAAUCCCUGGAUCGAUUUCUCUGGAUGGACU